AUGCCAUCAGUAACAGUAGAACGCUGUCGAAAACGUCGUAAUAGUCGUGAAUUUUUACAAUUUGCUAAACGUUUCCAAGAAAAAUAUAUUCUUCAUCAAUUUUGGAUAGAUUUAUCAAUGGGUAAAAAAAUUGGAGAUAUUAUUGAUGUACCUGAUGUUGAUAUUGCUGAAGCUGGCUGUUUUAAAUAUAUAUUAGUUGAAGUUCGUGAUCGUGCAACGACUUAUGGACAAACAAAACUUGUUGUUCGUGGUGAUGCUUCUUGUGCUUAUCAUGCUGAUGUUCUGGAUAUAAUGGAAGGUCAAAUUGAUGAAAAAAAAAUUGCAUUAGAUUGUAAAGGUGGUGGUCGUAUACGCGUUGAUCCACAAACACGAACAAUAUCAGUUUAUGGUUAUUCACAGGGAUUUGGUCGAGCUGAUCAUGAAAAAACAGUUGAAAUACUACAGAAAAAAUAUCCACAAUGGGCAAUAGAAAUUACAGCUGAAGAAUAUUAA